AUGCCGCCAAUAGACAGUGACGUAACUAUGCAGCAAAUUCAAGCCUCAGUUUUAUUUUCGAACGAGCUGUACACACCAGCAACGCCACUGGACGUGUGUAUCUGGAAUGGUUAUCAGUGCAAUAUCAGAGGAGAAUCGUCGUUUUUCUUGGCUUAUACAAAUGCAAGUUUAUCUCAACAUAACAUAAUAUUACAACGAGACGCUAUGGCAAAAUUUAUAAAGUCACUCUUUCAAAACACCCCCGAUAAGAGAAAACCCUCUCAAUAUGGAGGGGAGCAUGAAGACCUCAGUGAUAUAACACCACCAAUGGGCGGCAGAAGAAAGCUGUCCAUAUCUAGAUCGGGAAGAAUGAAGCAGACAAAUAGAAAGAGACACUCGAUUUCCUUAGACAUUUAUGGCGAGAAUCUCCAAUCCACUGAAAAGCCAAAGUCGGUAGAAUACCACGUGAACGCCCCAGGAAAGCAGACAGAUCUCAAUAAAGUAGAUAAACAACAAAGAAGACAUAGUAGUGAAGUAAAGACUCCAGAGGAGGAAAUAGAUAUAGCGUUCAAUAUUAUAGAUAAGACA